AUGUCUAGCUUUGUGGAGGAAAAUAUCAACCCCAACGGUUUCUCUCAAUUUUACCCACAUGAAUCUAUCCAUGAGAUUCCAUCUGAUUUUGGAGUUCAUGAAAGUAGCUUUCUUGAGCACAGCUCAAAGGGCGCUUAUUUUGGUGAUAAUGAGGCUUCUCUGACCAAAAAGCAAAUCAGUACAGAAUCAUCAACAGUGGUGGAUAAGCUUGAUACUAGUGAUCAGGUUACUCAGAAGGUGACUCCCAUGGUGAAGAAAAGGAAUAACAGAAAUGGGGCUUCCUUGAACUGUGCUCAACUAAAGGAGUUAGCAGAAGGGAAGACCAAGAAACAAAAGAAAUGUAAUGGCACCCUGAAAGAAGAAGAGAAGAAGCCUUAUAAAGCUGAAAAAGAACAGAAGAAAGUUGCUAAAGAGCCUCCAACAGGUUACAUCCAUGUAAGAGCAAGGAGGGGUCAGGCAACAGAUAGCCACAGCCUUGCAGAAAGGGUAAGAAGAGAGAAAAUAAGUGAGAGAAUGAAGAUAUUACAAGGACUUGUUCCGGGCUGCGACAAGGUAACUGGGAAGGCCCCGAUGUUGGAUGAGAUAAUCAAUUAUGUUCAGUCCCUACAAAAUCAAGUGGAGUUCCUUUCGAUGAUGUUAGCUUCAGUGAAUCCCAUGUCGUAUGACUUUGGAUUAAUGGACCUAGAGAGAUUGACAAGAAUGGCAUCCCCACUGUCACCUGCUGCUGCAACACAUUGCAGUACUGAUCCCAUGAGUACCGAGCCCACAGGUUUUGCUCAUACAACCACCACCACUGCCAUUACAACAGCUAAUAAUUACUAUCCUAUUGUGAACACUGUUUCACCCAAUGCCAAUGCAUUCAGCUCCCAGGAUAUUGCUUGCGUAUUUUGUGAAGUAGAAGACCAGCGACAAAACUUUCUUAUUCCAUCUGAGUUCGGCAACAACUUGUGUUUCUUCCACUCGAGUAAAAUACAACGUCAACUGCCCUACAAACAUCAUGGCACCAGUUUCAACGGAGGGGGCCUAAAAGUUGUUGCUUCAGAUCGACAAUAGAUAGAUUAAAGUGAUGUCUGAAGAUCAUGAAUAAAGGGUAGCAAAAUCAAUCGAUAAGGAGCAUGAAGGACAUAUAUAUAACUGAUCAAAUAGAUCCAGCUUGUUCCUAUAUAUAGCUAUCUUGACAACGUACCAGGCCAAGUGAUGCAAACAAAACCAAUGGUUAAGAGUUAU